AUGCCUCAGCCAACAAGCCCACCCCGGGAUUACUGGAUAUCGGGCUAUGGCCUGUCUCGCCAUAUUGUGCUUCGACAAUUGCAAUACUUCUUAGGCCCCUCUGCCACCGUGAGGCCGUAUUCAUAUCGUGGUCGAGAGGGAUUCCUCAUCAAUGGCCCCGAGCUGACCAAGGAGCAAAUAGAGGACCUCAAAAGGCAAUCCGAGCAGUAUGAGAGGCAGCAGACCAUGCGCAUGUCCAACAGGGCCAGCAGCGGCACCGAUGACGAGGACUGCGACAUCAACGAAAUCGUCACCAUCGGUGUCAGCCGGAGGCACAACCCCUCACACGCUUCUGCAUCUCAUUACAAGCGUUCUCGGUGA